GUGAAGCAUCAAUCGCAGCUGCCAUUAUUUUUAUGGAAUAGCGGAAUAAACGCGUCUGUCUGGAUUACAUAUCAAGCAAAUCCUUGGACUUUUAACGAUUUAUGAUGAAGAUGAGGGAUUUAAAGUGUCAGCUGGUCUUUACACUGAUUAUCUUCACGUCGGUGGCAGCGAGGUGUCCUAAGGUGUGUCGUUGCCUUGCGGAGCAUCCUGUGUGCCCAACAGGUGUGAGUGCAGUGCCUGAUGGGUGUGGCUGCUGUAAGGUGUGUGCCGCUCAGCUGAAUGAAGACUGUCAUGAAGGACGACCCUGUGACCAUCAUAAGGGCCUGGAGUGUAACUAUGGCAACGACGUGGCCAGUCUCCAUGGAAUCUGCCGGGCCAAACUUGAAGGUCGCUCUUGUGAAUAUAACGGCCGGAUGUAUCAGAAUGGAGAAAACUUUCGUGCGGGCUGCAAACACCAGUGCACCUGUAUUGAUGGAGCCGUUGGCUGCAUGCCCCUUUGCCCCACCGAUAUUCCUCUAGCAUCACCUUCAUGCCCCGCCCCUCAACUCGUCAAGGUGCCCGGCCAGUGCUGCCUCAGCGUGGACUGUCACAGCGAGUCUUCCAUCCUUCCUCCUGUGUUCAGACAUCCUCAUCCACCUCCUUACCUGUUCCCUGACCUGCACAUCUUCAAGAAGCCCUGGCUGAAGCCGUACCCCUCCAAGCCCCAAGACUCCUUAGGCAACAAACUGAUAGAAGUGGAGAAAAAGUGGGAAAAACCUCAUAGUCGAAAGCACCUGCCAACAUGGAAGCAAGCUGGACGGCAAUGUGUCACCCACACUACAAGCUGGACACCUUGUUCCCGCAGCUGUGGGAUGGGGGUGUCCUCUCGGGUCACCAAUGACAACACUCAGUGCAAACUGGUGAAGGAAACUCGACUCUGCAACAUUCGGCCCUGUAGUUCCAUGGCUGUGCCCAUUAAGAAGGGGAGGAAGUGCUCUCGUACCCAGAAGUCUCCUGAGCCUCUGCGUCUGCAUUAUGCCGGCUGCCGCAGUACCCGUCUCUAUCGGCCCAACUACUGCGGAAUGUGCCUGGAGGGGCGAUGCUGCUCUCCCCGCCGCACACGAACGGCCCCCGUGCUCUUUGCUUGUCCUGAUGGCGAACGCUUCGAGAGAGCCGUCAUGUUUGUACAGUCCUGCAAAUGCAAUGAUGAAUGCGGCAAUCUGAACGACGUGGCCCUUCCGCCUCAGCGCUGGCUGUACGGCGACAUGCACAAGUUUAUCGACUAGCAUCUCCUUCUCAGAAGACCUAAAUUCCCUGUCCUUCCCCCCAAUCCCAGCAGAUCCCCAAUAGAGUAGCGCUUCCAAGUGUAACUCUGAGUAGAAGCUAGACCAAGGCUUCCACAGCCUUCAUUAUAACUCAAAUCCUCUUGGAAAAAGGGGCAAUUUUGGUUUCGGAUCACUUUAACUGAGAGUGGACUGGAGACUUUAGACUAGACAACGUUCCACGAGGGUCCUAAGUGCAUCAUCGAAGGUGCCCAGGUUGUAAAUAUAUAAAAAACGAUUUAAGAUUGGCUGGCCCUCACCAUGAACAGUGAUGAAUUCAGGGGCAGGCUGCACAGCUGGUGAGAUGAUGCUGACCUUCUUUGUCUCUACAUUCAAUGGAGAAAAAAGCUCCAACAGGACACUGAACGAAUGGACCAAGAACUUCAACAAAGAGGAUUGUAAAAAUGGGGGAACAAGCCCCAGCAUUUAAAUGGACUGGUGUUUUCCCUCCAUUGUGAUUAUUGGAUUUGCCGGCAAUUUUAAUUCAUUGGAACAGAUGGCAAAUACAAGGGACAUUCAACGAGUCAUUGGAAGUCGUCCAGCGAUUGCAAGGGAGAUAAGGACUUGGCCAAACUGCAUGUGGACUCAACAUUGAGCCUGGCGGUAAAGCCAAGCAAGAGAACUUGACUUGUUUUGAGGAACGUGCGGAGUGGUUGUUUGAGAAGCUAAGGCUCCAUCAUCUGAGUUAAGGACAUUUGCCAAGAGCCACAGCAGCACCCUGGUGUCAAAAUGUCGACUACCCAACUCCAAGCUAAUUACAAAUCUGUUCUUUGGGGACAUAAAGAAACCCAGCAACCCUCUGUUUUGCAAUAAAAAUAUGUUAAAAACACCAGCAUGUGAUGUAAACAUGUAAUUUGAAAGUAAUGGGUGGGACAGUUCUCAAACUCUGCUCUAUUCUGGUCUGUAAUCUACCAAGUGAUGCCUGAAACUUAGGCAAACUAGACUGUUGUCUGUGCGUUUUAUGAUGGAGUGGUCUCUAUUUCUGCCUCCUGGCAUUGGUACACAAGAUGACCGAGGUGACAUCAUGCCAUCUGUUUAUAGACUACUAAAGGAAUGAGGGUUUGAAUAGGCACUAAAACACAAAUACCCAAAACUGCCAGAAGCCAGAAGCCAUGUUGCCUGUAAUAUUAGUCAUAGAACGGUUGUAGUAUCUUCAGAUGUGCCAAAAUCUACAGAAAUAAUCAAAAAGAUGAACCUCAAUUCAAACUAAAAGAAAAUCUUUACAUUUUCUAGAGAAAAUGUCAAAAGACAGAGACUUCACCCCCAAGUCUCAAAAAUAUUCUGGUCUCUAGACAUGGAUUGGGUCCCUUCAAUCUUGAGGUAUUAUUCAUGUAUGUAGCAAAACACCUGAAGGACGAGUUGUACAGCUUUAAUACUUCCGGUUAGUUCAACUCCCUAACCACUAGUAUGACCAAUAGCACCACAAAAGUCCAAUCAAAUAAAUGCUCAACAAUUAGGAACACCUAGAUUCCCAAAGGUCUACAAAUCAAGCACCAUUGCAAUCAAUCCCAUUUGAUAUUAAAUCGAAUUAAUUCUUAAGACAGUUUUGCAUAGUUUAUCAAGAAUUGACAGAGCAGCCAUCAUGUGAUAAAACACUUCAUACUGGUUAUGAUUGAAAACUAUUGUUUGGAUUAAAUGGUUUUAAAUGAAUUGUUCCUAUCAUUUUUACCUCUGAAGACAAGAGUACAACCACUCAUCAUAUAAUUAACUGGCUUAUAUAACAGCUCACUGAUGUACAAUCAUUUAUGCAUUUAUUUUUAUUUUACUUAAUGGAUUGAAAGCGUUAUGAGUGUUGCGGCAGUUCUCGAAUUUAACCAAUUUGCCUAUUUAAAAAUCCCAAAAUUAGAUGUGCUGCUUUAAUGCAA